GAUUCAUAGAUAGAUGGCUCAGCCGGCGGCACCACCACAGCGCUCGUCUCUGGUGAGAUGCAUCGGCUUGAUUUUGGUGGCCCUUGUCAUCCUCGUCGGCCUCAUUGUUAUCAUCACAUGGCUUGCUGUCCAGCCCAAAAAACUCAGAUACUCCAUAGAAGAGGGUUCGAUCAGCGGCUACAACCUGACGAAGAGCAACCAUCUGAACGCCACCUUCCAUUUGGUCCUCCGGGCGACAAAUCCGAGCCAUCAGAUGUCGCUGUACUACGACAGGAUCACCGUAACGGCGUCGUUUGAGGACCAGAAGCUUUCAAUACUCAAUGUGUCCCCGUUUUACCAGGGGAGGACGAAUGUGACUCAUCUGGACCUGCAACUGGCGGCAGAAGGGGUGGCGCUCUACGGAGCGGUCGCCGGAGACCUGAGAAUGGAGCAGGCGGCGGGGUACGUCGACAUCGACGUCGAAUUCCGGGCUAAGAUCAGGCUCAAGUUUGGGGUUUUCAAGGUGCACCGGAAGCUUAGGGUUUUAUGUGGCUCUGUAACAGUCCCCUUGGGGAAGAAGCCUAUGGGGUUUGAGAGGGUUUGGUGUGAUGUAGAUAGAUAUUAGAAUUGGUUUUUUAAUUUUUUAUUUUUCAGGAUUAUGUUGUGUUUGUAAUUUGUUGUUUGUUGUGAUGCUGUGCGUUUGAAUUCUUUUGGUAAUUGAAUAUCUAUAUAGGACACAUAUAUUAAAAGAAAUGAUUUUUCGUCAUCAUAAAUGACACG